GCUGGAGGUAACGAGUAUAAGAAACAUCCUGCACUGGCGAUACUUCCCCCUCGCAUUUUGGUUCUUUCCCUUCUCUCUCCUCAUCACACCCUGCUCCUCCCUCUCACCUCCACGUCACGCAUGGACCCCCCGCCAUCUUCCGGCGGAAACAUCUCCACCGCUCCGGCAGCCUCUCAGCCGCUGACCUCAAUAUACGCUGACCCGGCCUUCUCCCGCAGUACCGACUCCUGGGAUGAACCGGCGGCCUACUCCGCCGGUCAAGGCGGAGGGAAGUUACGGGUGAUGUGCAGCUAUGGCGGGAACAUAGUCCCCCGGCCCCACGACAAGUCCCUCUGCUACGUCGGCGGCGAUACCCGCAUCAUCGUCUCCGAUCGCAGUACCUCCCUUUCCGAGUUUUCGCUUCGCCUCUCCAGGACGCUCCUGGACGGUCGCUCCUUCUCGCUGAAGUACCAGCUUCCCAACGAGGACCUCGACUCUCUGAUUUCCGUCACCACAGACGAGGACUUCGAAAAUAUGAUCGACGAGUACGACCGCAUCAGCGCAAAUUCAACCACCGCCAGAGCUUCUCGGCUCCGAUUGUUCCUCUUUCCUUCAAAGCCUGAGGCGCCGUCGUCGAUCGGGUCGCCUAUUGAGAGCUCAACGAAAUCCGACGACUGUGUUCUCGGCGCGCGUAAUGGGACAAAGUCUAGUUCCACAAAUGCGUUCUCCGACUCCUCAAUGGUGAAUUGCCUUCUAGGACUUGGCUACAAUGUCGGAAACCGGAACUUUAAAGACGCGGAAGGUCAAUUGGAUGGUUCCCUUAGUGGUAAACAUGGUAGGGUAAGCAGUGCGAAAUUUACCUCUCAAGAUGUCCACUCGGUGCCCCCAGAUUCGCCUAUGGUGGAAACAACUUCAUCUUCUUUCGGCUCUUCAUCAUCGUCGUCCAUGGGGAAUUUACCGCCGGCAAGUAAGGUUCACGUGGAUGAGAAUCACAAGUUAGGAAUUGAGGAGCAGCUCUCGCAGAUGACUCUCGUGGCAGGGGGCAGGGUGGAGCAGAAGCAAAAGCAACAGCAGGAGGAGGGCGGGGGUUUCACGGCACUGUCUUCGCCUCCAGCCCCACAGUCACCUCAUAUUAUUAUGGUAGGGACAGACGAUUUCAGUUCGCCGGCGGCAAUUGUUGCUGGGGAGUAUCCCAAUAGGGGUUUCUGUGAUGGGGAGAGAUCAGAUCAAGUUGUGUACAGAAAGCCUCCACAAGCACAGCCACCUGUGCAAAUGAUGCAACCCAGUAUACCUGCACCACCUGAUUCAAUUUCAAGCGAGGGUAGUAUCACAAACCCAUUGCUUGGACAACAAAAGCAUUACAUUUAUCAUGAGCCUGUAAACCAAAUUCAACUGGUGAGUAGAGCUUCAUCCAAUCCAGCUGACAUUAAGGUCGUUAGCGAUCAGAGUACUAGGCCUCCGGCUCAACAACAUGCAGUUGAGGAUUCCGUAUAUGUUUUGCCGAACCAAUGUGAUCAUCAGCACCCCCAAAUGUAUCUUCAUCAACAUCAACAACCACACGCUCAUUCAGGACAGUUUAUCCCUGCUGGGGCUGUGCCGAUGACGUCAUAUUACCACCACCCUUUGUAUCCUUCCCAAAACCACCCUGCAUUUGAACAUCAUCAGCAUCAGUAUCCAGUCUACUUUAUGCAGGCUAGACCAACCCAGCCUUACAAUAUGCAUUCUGUUCAGCAAACAAGUUAUAGUGAACCAGCAGUUCCUACAUCAAACCCUACCCGCCCUCAAACACCAUCCUCGCCGUCUUUUGUCCACACACCUGCUGUUUCUACAACUUUUGCUGCCUCUAAACCUGAAAUGGCUUCCAGAACGGCUCCACAGUGGGUUCAAAUGGCUUCUGGCCAACAUCCUCAGCAGUACUUUGGUCUCUCUCAUAUGCAUCAUCACCCAUCUCAGGCUUCAGCUGCCACUACUGCAACUUAUGCUUAUGAAUUUACUGAUCAUCCUACAAAUGCACAACAAAUGUACUACACUCAGCCCCUUUCUUCCCAAAUGGUAUCAGUACGUUCGUCAGUGUUACCAGAGGCUUCUUAUCAGAUCCCCGUAGAAAAUUUCAAACAGCAGAGUUAAUGGGAAACUUCACGUACUGCCGUGAAGGUGAGCUGCCAUCUGGACACGAAGAAUAAAUUUUGAAGUCAUGGGGUUUGGUUGAAUUCCUGAUGAAGAAUGUUUUUGCUGCAAUUACUAUUUUGGUUGUGAUAUGUAUCAUAGAUAUUACGCAACUUGAAUUUUCCUUUUCUUUUUCUUUUCAUGUUAUAUGGUAUUGGGGUGUAACUUGUAAGUAAUAAUUGUCCAAAUUAUAUACUGUAAGUGUACAAGUCCAUCAUAGUCAUGAUGUCUGCCCAGUCUUAGAUACUCCGUAUCUCUUACUGAACAAUUGUAAUAUAACCGCAUAGGGAUUUUAUGUAUAUUCGAGUAAAUAGUAAAUCAUGGUUUGUAAUUUUUUUUAAUCUGUCUGAAUCAGAA